UUUAUCUAAUCUUACCUAACCUCACCCGACCCAGUUGAACUCGAAAUCUGGGCGCUAUUGAGCACCGUUUGAUACGUAACUCUCGACCGUCAGCCGCAUUAUUUGAGGUGUUAACCGAAAAGUUGAGCUUCCAGGUAUUUGUCGCAUAUUUGUUGAUCCCGGUAAUCGCCAAAGAUUCGUACAAUUUGCAAACAUGUGGAAUGAAAGCUCCGUUGGUCUCGGAGGUGGAUUUUUGGACGAGAGUGUGAGCGGCGCGCAGACUGGCGGCAAAAAGGGAGCGCAGAGUAACGAUAGAAGUAUCGUUCCAGUGCUGAUAAAACAAAUUACUUCAACAACGGGAGAUCUACAGAUCGCUGGUAAAACUGUGAAUACCUUGACAUUCGUCGGAAUCGUACGCCAUAUCGAGCAAGAGACAACAAAGAUCUCCUAUCACAUCCAGGAUGAUACAGAUACUCUCACAGCCAUGAUGUGGUUGGAAGCAGAUAAGAAUUCUAUAGAGGAUAUACAAAUUAACACGUAUGUACGUGUUCAUGGAUUGAUACGUGACCAAAAUAAUCAACGACAUAUAUUGAUUCUGCGUAUAUAUCCCUUGGAAGAUUUAAACGAGUUAACAUGUCACUUUGUAGAAGUGAUAUAUUUUAUGUUGAAGUUCAGCAGACCUGCAGAAGAAUCAGCUAUGCCUGAUAUGUUGAUGUCUGAUAAUACAAUGAGUGGCAUGUCACCUGAACAGAAGACAGUUCUUGAAAUCAUUCGAUCAGCAAAUGAUGCUGAAUGUGGUAUUGAAAAACGUGAUAUCCUAACAAAGUUGUCUAAGCACAUUAUAUCUCGUUUAGAUGAGAUAUUAGAAUUCCUUCUGUGUGAAGGACAUAUUUAUACAACCAGUUCAGAAGAUUUCUUUAAAGCUACAUAAAUGAUGUGUCAUAUAUAUGUACCAGGAGAACAUCUUACAUGAAUUAUCAAACAGUUACUUAAGUUUGUUUAUACUAAAAAAUAGGAGAAAUAUCUUUAAAACACAUUUAUUUUCAUUAUCAGUGCUUAUUAAAGACAGAUAAAAAAGUAAUAUCUUAUGUUAAGUAUCAAGUGAAAUAAUCAGUAAGUUUCCAGAAACCUAUAUUUUUGUUAAC